AUGGCACCCCAGAAAUGGACCUCUUCCAAACAAGAGGAAUGGCUGAGUCCAUGGUAUGAGAAGUACUGCAAAAAACAAUCAGACAAAGCUAAAAACUGGGCAAAUUUCUUUACUAACUUGGUGGGAGAGUGGCUUGAAGUAUUCCCAGAGCCAAGGCCAACUACACUGCCCCUCAUUGGGCCCCUGACCAGGGACAAGAUCAUUGUCAUGGAUCAGGCUGAAGCUGACAGGAAAAAGAAAUUAGAAAACUGUUUCAAAAACAGCCUCGGGGCCAUAAAGACAGGUCGCCAAGCAAGGGCCGAGGCCACAAACAUCUUCAGUGCAGUGCUGAAGAGUGUCACUGAGGGCAAAAAGCCCAUGCACUCCCUCCAGGAAGUUGAGGCAUAUUCUAAACUGUACUACCAGAGGUGCAUUAAAUCAAUAGUCAAUAACAAACUAAAGGCAGAGGCUGAAGCACUGCAAGCCAAAAAUAAGGCACUCACAAAUGGAAUGCGAGUUGCCAUCAUCAAAAAGGAGACAGCAAACCUCUACAAAGUAGAGACCAAUGAGGUUAAGGUGGAGGUGUGGAGGUACAUCGAGGAUGCAAAGAUGUGCAAAGAUAACGAGAAGGUUGGGAUGUGGUCAGAAGAUGAUUACAAAAAAAAUCUAGAAAAACUUGCUGCUAUGGUGAACAAAUUUUUGAAGGGACUUGCAGAUGUGACAGGCUUCUUGUUCUCCCUCCUGGCAGGUGGCCCUUCUCCAGAGCUUGCAGAUGCUGCACCAAGUUUAAAGGCAAAGGCAGGAGGUGUGGAAGAUCUGAAUGAUGGUGAUGGCGGUGAUUGUGUAGAGUUAGGAAAUCAACAUGAAUCACACAAUAUCAUAUUUAGUCAUGUGACUUCAAGUUCGCUUACUACUGCACCAUUGGAUAGUGUCCCAGAUACAUCCAAGUCCGACCUUCCUGGAAACUCCACUGACAUCUGGCAAGAUGAUUUUUUCUGGGAAGGACUCACCACUCAAGUUGAUGGAUUUGCCAUGUCAGGUGGGAAUCCAGACUUGCUGCUCUUACCUCCCUACCCACACAGUCCUGCAUCUGCCCUCAAUUCACCAUCAUCUCCAACAACUCUGCCACUCUCUUCACCUAGCCUUCCCACAGACACUUUCCCUGGAGCUUCAGUGCUACCUCCAAAUGAAUCCCCCACACAUCCAUCAAUUUCUUCAUCUCAGCUUCCUGCAGACACUUUCCCUGAGGUUUCAACACUACCUCCAAAUGAAUCAGUCUGCAUCGUGCCACAGAGCUCACCUGCACCUCCUUCAACCACUCUGCCUCCUACACCAGCUUUGCAUCCACACAGGACUGGUCGUGUAUGUGUUCCUUCAUUGCACAAUGUUAUUGCCAAUAGCAUUGGCAAUGAUCAUAAUGCUGGCAAGCAUUGUGGAGUGGCGGUUGAAACUGGUGUCUCAGGCCACAAAAAGAGGUCAGUCAAUAAAAUCUUCUAG